UUGCAGCUCGCGGGAGGGUAAGAGGCCAUCGGACUCCGCGCUGCAGUCGUCAGCCCACUUCCUAGAGCAGAACGAGGCGGCGGCGAGCCGGGUCUCACCAUGGCCGCAAAUUAUUCUAGUACAGGUACCAGGAGAGAACACAUCAAAAUUACGUCUGACCCUCAGCCAGGCUUCCUGGAACGGCUGAGCGAGACCUGGGGCGGGAUGUUUAUGGGGCUCGUGGCCUUCCUGUUCUCCUUCUACAUAAUUUUCACCAAUGAGGGCCGUGCAUUGAAGACAGCAACCUCACUGGCCGAAGGGCUCUCGCUUGUGGUGUCCCCCAACAGCAUCCACAGCGUGGCUCCAGAGAAUGAAGGGAAGCUGGUACACAUCAUCGGGGCCCUGCGGACGUCCAAGCUCUUGUCUGAUCCAAACUAUGGGGUCCAUCUUCCGGCCGUGAAGCUGCGGAGGCACGUGGAGAUGUACCAGUGGGUAGAAACAGAAGAGUCCAGGGAGUACACCGAGGAUGGGCAGGUGAAGAAGGAGACGAGGUACUCCUACAACACUGAAUGGAGGUCAGAAAUCGUCAACAGCAAAAACUUCGACCGAGAAAUUGGCCACAAAAACCCCAGUGCGAUGGCAGUCGAGUCAUUCACGGCAACAGCCCCCUUUGUCCAAAUUGGCAGGUUUUUCCUCUCAGCAGGCCUCAUCGACAAGAUUGACAACUUCAAGCCACUGAGCCUGUCCAAGCUGGAGGACCCCCACGUGGACAUCAUUCGCCGGGGGGACUUUUUCUACCACAGCGAGAAUCCCAAGUAUCCGGAGGUUGGAGACCUGCGCAUCUCCUUUUCCUAUGCGGGACUUAGCGGCGAUGAUCCCGACCUGGGCCUGGCUCACAUGGUCACUGUGGUUGCCCGGCAGCGGGGUGACCAGCUAGUCCCGUAUUCAACCAAGUCUGGGGACACCUUGCUGAUCCUGCACCAUGGGGACCUCUCAGCAGAGGAGGUGUUUCGCAGAGAACAAAAGAGCAACUCCAUGAAGACCUGGGGCCUGCGGGCUGCCGGCUGGAUGGCCAUGUUUAUGGGCCUCAACCUCAUGACGCGGAUCCUCUAUACCCUGGUGGACUGGUUUCCUGUCUUCCGAGACCUGGUCAACAUUGGCCUGAAAGCCUUUGCCUUCUGUGUGGCCACCUCGCUGACCCUGCUGACUGUGGCUGCUGGCUGGCUCUUCUACCGGCCCCUGUGGGCCCUGCUCAUCGCCUGCCUGGCCCUGGUGCCCAUCAUCAUUGCUCGGACACGAGUGUCAGCCAAAAAGCUGGAGUGAAACAGUCCCUAGCGCCCACCUGACACAUGCAUGAGCCUCAAGACCUGGGUCACCCCUGUGCUCUUCAGGGGCAGACUUGCAGCAUGUACGUCGGGUUUGCUUCACCAGUGAGCAUCCUCCCCACCCCUUUUCUUGCCAGUAAGCAGCUGUGGAGGGCAGAAGCAGCUGGUCAAUGGCAACCUAACAAGCAUUCUCCUGCUGGUUUCCUUCUGUUCUCUUGAGGCUGAGUGGGUGUUGCCAGGCUCCAGGGUUUCCCUGAACUCAGCUGAUCUGUUAGAUGAAGAGGCAGAGAUGCUCUAGAGGCCUGUUGAUGAAGGACUCAGCCUGUUAGCUCAGCCUAAGCUGCUGCUUAUCAUCGAAGACAAGUGCCAGGGCUCUGCCACGACCACCACCACACCCAGGAUCCUAACGGGUGGCCUUUGCCCAUCACUGCUAAGCAGCACCAGAUUACCAAUAGAUGGCCUGAGCACGUGCCCCACAGAGCAGGAGCACCAGAAACCAAGUCUGUGGAUAGAACUUGAUUUGGUACUUAAAAAGAAAAACAAACAAAAAAAAAAAACUGAAGAUUUCAUAAUGAGACAAACUGGACAUUCAUUGGGCUUUGCACAUAUUUCCUGGUUUGGCAUAAUCUUUUCAGUGUGUAGGAUGCCCAAAGGCCCUGUUUAAGUUUUUCUUCUUCAGUUCGUUGCUUCACUUCUUCACGUGUACUUUCCUACCCCAAGGGAGUGGUCUGAAAUAAAAUUUUAAAAAACAAAA